AUCGCCAUAUUGAAUUUUGUUGUGCUUCGAAAACAUUGUGAGCACGUGGAUUGUUGGAUUUAAAAUAAGCGAAAUUUGAUAGUUUUAUCAGUUUGCACAUAUAUUUCGAUUGUUUUCAUUUGCUUUAUUUGAAGUGAAUAUACUUUUAAUUGGAAAUCAAAAUUUUUAAAAGUGGCUCUUUACAAUGGCUCCAUCUCGGCAACUUCUCAUGUGGUCUGUUCCAUCCAUAGCAGUGCUGUUGGGGAUAUUCUGGUUCAGAAAGAAAAGGGAGUAUGCCAAGUCUGACCCUGGAGGAAGAGAAAGGAUAAAAAAUCUUCAAGAAGAGUUGGCAGAGGCUCUUAAUGCUGAAGCUGAAGCUAGGCGAGCAUCACCAGUGGGUAAAGCUGAUCGUGCCAUUAUAAAAUCAGCUCCAAUUGACAUUGUACCCAAUGGUGGAGGUUCCCAGCGUUCUUCACCUCUGGUAUUGACAGAUGAAGAGAUCGACCUAGAAAUUGAAAAAGUUAAAAGGAAGAAAUCUCUAGAAAAAGAUAAAAAAAUGUCUUUUAGUGACAAGCAAGUAGUGGCAAGUUUAUGUGUUAAAGAAGCAUCAUUUGUUGUUCAUGAGAAAGCUUCCAGCCUAUUUUCUUCACUUCAGACAGAAAAGUCUUACAAUAAAACUGAAGAUCUCUAUUCUGUGAACACUAGUGAUGAUGUAAAUGCAAAAUCUAAGGAGAGCCUUACAGGUGAACUUGAAGAGAGUAUGCAGCAUAAUAGUACAAAUGAUGAAAAUGCUACAUCUGAGGUGACAGCUAAUGACAGCAAUGGUGACAGUGAAGAAAUAAAUGAUAAUAACAAUGUAGUUGGUGAACGUAGUGAUAAUAAUGACAGUGAUAACAGAUUUUCUCCUGCACAAACCAGACGCAUCUCGGAGAGAGACUCUGCUAACCACAGUCCAGUGGAUCCUAUGUUAGCUAGUCCAUCCAUGUGCCACUUCUCAGACAACCACAGUGAAGGUUCCAGUGACAGUGGAAAGGGAUGUUCUGAGGCGGCUAGUCCUCCUCCAGCCAAUAUGAAUAUGGUCCCUUCUGACACAGGGCUUAGAAUACAUCAAUUUAUAAUACCACAGACUCUGGUUGGUUUGUUAAUAGGAAAACAUGGUUCCUUUGUAGCUCAAAUUAAAGCCAAGACUGGUGCAAGUGUAUAUGUAAGGAGGCAUCCUGAUUCUGUUAAACAAAAAAUAUGUGCAGUGGAAGGAACUCAAGCUGAAAUAGAGGCAGCUUUAGAUAUGAUCAAAGAAAAAUUCCCUGAGAAGAGAUUCCCUAACUUCUCCCUACAAGAGAUCAGUGCAGAACUGUAUCAAAGGCUGGCUCCUCUAGUACCAGAGUUUCUACAAUUGGUGGAGUCCGUGAACAACGACACCAUAAUGACGUGCCUGGUGAGCGCAGGCCACUUCUUCCUGCAGCAGCCGCUGCACCCCACGUUCCCGUCGCUGCACGCGCUGCACCGCCUCAUGGCCGCCACCUACCAGCACCCGGACGUGCCGGCCUUACCGCGCCCUGUGAAAGAGGGAUCCAUCUGUGCCGCGCCAACAGAGAACAACUGGUAUCGCGCGCAAGUGAUCUCCACUUCUGAGGAGAAUGACACGUCUGUUGUGAAGCUGGUAGACUUUGGCGGGUACCUGACCGUCGACAAUGACCAGCUCAAACAGAUUCGAUCUGAUUUCAUGACUCUGCCUUUCCAGGCAACAGAAGCCCUUCUGGCGUUCGUGAAACCUGCAAAAAAUGAAGUGGAAUGGAGUAACGAGGCGCUGCGCAUCAUGGCGGGGCUGACGGCGGGCCAGCUGCUGCACGCGCAGGUCGCCGGCUACGACGAGACCGGCCUGCCGCUCGUGCAUCUCUACCUCACCUUAAGUCCUCAGCAAGUGAUAUACUUAAACAGAGAACUAGUAGAACGCGGCCUGGCGGAGUGGGAUAUCCCGCCCGAUUCGUGAGCGCCGAUCACUCCACUCUAAAACUGCUAUAAUUACUUUAAUUUUUAUUAUUGACGCAGACUAGUAAUAUAUGGGAUGCAUUUGAAACGUGUACUUUAAUAUAUUCUCGCUGCAAACAACCUAAAGUGUUAGUGUAUGUAUUAUUGUUUACUCAUUUUUAUUUUUUACAAGAUCACUUGUAGCUCUCAAAUUAUUAAAUUCUUCAUUCAGUUUCCAUUAUGUCCUUGGAGCUACUAAGUUAUAUAGGCUGGUAUCCAAUAUGACUUGUAUGUUUGUAUAAAUAGUAAAUUAAAACUAUAAUAGGAAUAUGUACCGAUGUACAUAAACAUAUUUGAUCUGUUUCAUUGCUCCUAUUAGUUUCUAAAUUACUAUUAAUACUAGUUGUCGUCUAAGCUCCCACAAUAGUAACUUACAAAUUACAAUACGCUUUUAUGAUUAGAGUUCAUAGAAAAACCGCAAAACGUUGUAGAUUUAGAA